GAGAGGGAGAAGCGCAGAGUCGCUGCGACCCUGAACGCACCACACAAAGUACCGGGAGGACCGCCGCUCGCCUCACCCGUGGAUUCUAUCAACGACGGCCGCUGUCUGCACACCUGACCCGUGGGAUUUUCCGACUACACCCUCUUAGUUUACAGUUUUAUGGUUUUUAUUUGAUUUUUCUUCAAGUUUCUUUUCUUUCUUGAUCCUUUCCCCCCUCUCUACUCCUUAGCAUCCUCUUCUGCACGGAAGUCUUAUUGCUUGCUAACUUUUUUUUUCCUCCAUCCCACCAAACCACCUCCAUCGCGGCUCCGGCAGCCUCCUCCUCCUCCUCCCCGCUCUCCUCCCUUCCACCGGAGUCUGCUUCCUUCCCGGCUUUCCGUGGAUUUGAUCAGUGUCCACGCGGCUCUGCUACAUGGGGCGCGCGGUGUCUGUCGGAAGAUGGUCCGCCGUGGGUGUUUAGGCGCCUCGCGGAACCUGUCGGUGCUCACGCGCGUGUCUCUGCCAGCUCGCGGCCGGCGCCACUGAGAGAUGGGUCCGUCCGCAGCAGCGCGGGCGCCGCUGGAGGAGCGCCCCCGGCCGCGCCGCUGGAGCGCCGCCGCGGGAGGCUGGUUCAGGAUCACGCUGGUCUCGUUCCUCGCUACUUUACCUGUGGAGCAGCUGCGCGCCUUCCCGUCGUCCCUCAGCGACUGCCAGACGCCGACCGGCUGGAACUGCUCCGGUUCCGAUGACCGGGACACAGACCUGUUCUUGUGCGACACAAACACAUGCAAGUUUGAUGCGGAAUGUUUAAGAAUCGGAGAGAUGGUGACGUGCAUUUGCGAUUUGAAGUGCAACAAUGAUUAUGUUCCAGUGUGUGGCUCCAACAAUAAGAACUACCAGAAUGAGUGUUUCCUGCGCAAGGAUGCCUGCAAGCAGCAGUCUGAAAUCCUUAUUGUGUCAGAAGGCGACUGUCCUGCUGAUGCUGGCUCAGGAUCAGGAGACGAUGGUGGAGAAGGCUCAGCUGAGACUGGCCAGAAGGAGACGUCCACCUGUGACAUUUGCCAGUUUGGGGCAGAGUGUGAUGUGGACGCAGAGGAUGUUUGGUGUGUUUGCAACAUCGACUGCUCCCACAUCAGCUCCAACCCGGUGUGUGCCUCAGACGGUCGUUCCUAUGACAACCCCUGCCAGGUGAAGGAGGCCUCCUGUCAGAGGCAGGAGCGCAUUGAAGUCAAGUACCUGGGACACUGCCAAGGAGACAUCAUAACUGGGAACAAAGGCGAUGAACACUUUGCACGGACCGACCUCACGGUGGGGGAAAACGAGGAGCCGAGGAACGGACUGGCACGUGGUCGCUAUAUCCAGUGUCCAGAACGGUACCAGAACUUCUGCGUCCAUGGAGAGUGUCAGUUACCCAGCAUCCUGGCCCAACCGUCCUGCAGCUGCCACUCAGGCUUCAUCGGCCCGAAAUGUGAGAUGAAAGAGUACAACGUGCUGUAUGUGGUGCCGGGCUCGGGGAAACUGCGCUACGUUCUCAUCGCCUCCAUCAUCGGCGCUCUGCAGGUGGCCAUCAUCUCUGUGGUGGUCCUCUGCAUCACCAGGAAGUGCCCGCGAACAAACAGGAUCAACCGGCAAAAGCAAAAUAAUGUCCACUUCAGUUCUGAGAACACCAUGCGCGCCUCCACUCGACUUAUCUGAGCCCAGACACACCUGACGGUCCUCCUCCGCGCCGCAGAGCCGCCAGAUGUUCCCCUCUCCCCAAAGGCCAACCGUGAGAACAUGCAUCCGCCCCCCUCCCCGUCACUCCUCGCCUCUUUCUCCCACGUAAAACUCCUGAAGCAGGAUGCCGGCGACACAGACAGACACUUGCCUUCCGUCCUUCCAGAUGCCGACGAGCCUCCUUGCACCUUUUUUUCAGAGGUUUUUCUCAGAAAAACUGAACUGUGGAUUUUUCGGGGGGAGGGGCCCAGGAGGACACCGAGGACACUGAACUUGACUGUGUGUGAGUGUCUGUUAGACGUGUGCGCUUUGGUAGAGGCAGACUAGCUGAUGUCCAUGGUGUGUAGAUGAUGGGUGGGGGGGCUUUAACUGCAGUGUGUGUUCAGUUGGGAGGGGGGAGGGGGGUACACGUGAUGCCUUGCACCUUGUGUUAUAGGAGACUUCUGACAGAGGGCACAACGCUAUUUUAGAGCUCUCUGUUUGGUUGUGACAAUUGACGUCAGCUACUGUAUCUUGAGUUCUAUUUCCAAUAGUUAUUAUUACGUUGUCUUGAUGGGAUCAUUUUUCUGUAAAUGUAAAUAAAUAAUUUAUAUCACGAAAUGUAACAACA